AUGUUAAAUACCCCAAAAGAAAGCCAGGCUCAGGCCUCACUUGAAUCUCGUCUUAGUAAGCUUGAUGAAGUUGAAAGAAAAAUAUCACUCAUCAUGCAGCAUUCAGGCAAUGCUCUCGAGGAGCUUUCUAAAGACAAGCCAGUGGUAAAACAAGUUGAGAGCUACACACACAACUUUCGGACCAUUGUAAAGGAAGUGGAGACAGAGAUGAACGCAAAUAUUAGUUAUCUGUCUCAGAUAUCUGCCGGAUUGCCCUACGAAGGAUCUACUUACGAAGAUACCACCAAUUUUCGCCGCUCAAUUGACCGAUUGGUUUCUGCAAAACGCCACUUAGAUUCUUGUUUGUAA